GAAGGGCCAGCAGAUUAAAGAGUUGUGUUUAGGGACAAGAUCUUCUGGUUUCACACUGUUUAAUUGUAUUAACUCCACUCUUCAGUCUAUAAUCAAUGGAAUGCAGUAAGCGAACUAUUACAGGAUCAUGGACAGUGGGAGACUUGACAGCAAAUCACAAGCUGCCCAGCUGGACACUGUUUCUGGCAGUUUGUGCUGUGGGAAUUGGAGGGACAUUUCAAUAUGGAUAUAACGUUUCCAUUAUCAAUGCACCCACCGGGCACAUCCACAAAUUCCUAAAUGAAACUUGGAGCAGUCGCUAUCAGAUGAAACUGAAUCCCAGCUUGCUGACUCUCCUCUGGUCUGUCAUUGCUUCCAUAUUUUCCCUUGGAGGUCUGUGUGGAGCUCACAUUGGAGGCAGCAUGGCGAUUAGAUUAGGCAGAAAAGGAGCUCUUCUGGUGAACAAUUUCAUAGCAAUAUUGGCCUCCAUUUUAAUGGGGAUCAGUUUUCCAACAGGAUUGUUUGAGUUAUUGAUGGUUGGCAGAUUUUUGAUUGGCGUAAACACAGGUGUUGGCAUCUGUGUGCAACCACUCUAUAUAGGGGAGGUUGCCCCAAAACAUCUCCGAGGUGCUAUGGCCAUGGGCAGUUCCAUAUUUUUGACUGGAGGAAUUCUGACAGGACAAAUAAUUGGUCUAAGGGAAUUACUUGGUGGAGAAAAGUAUUGGCCUUUCUUGCUCUCCAGCAGCUGUUUCCCAGCAUUAGCCCAACUAUUCUUUCUCCCAUGGUUUCCCGAAAGUCCCAGGUAUCUUCUUAUUGACAGAGGGGAUGAGAUGAAAUGCACCAAGGCUUUGAAGUGUUUUCAUGGACCCUUGCACUACCAGGAGGAGAUGGAAGAUAUACAGAGAGAACGUUUUGCCUUAAAUGGGGAGAAACCCAAGAAACCAUGGCAACUAUUUGGUGAUCGCAGUGUAAAGUGGCAGCUCAUUACUGUGAUUGUGAUGACUAUGGGCCAGCAGCUCAGUGGGAUAAAUGCUAUUUAUUUCUAUGCAAGUUACAUUUUUAAACAAGCUGGGAUCCCUUCAGAAAAAAUUCCAUAUGUUACGCUGGGCACGGGAGCUUGUGAAUGCCUCACAGCCCUCACUUGUGGUUUGCUGAUUGACUACAUGGGAAGAAGACUGCUCAUCAUUGGAGGAUACACCCUGAUGAGCUUUUGGUGCAUAGUGUUAACAUUCUCCCUGACCUAUCAGGAGCUGUACCCCUGGGUGCCUUAUUUGAGCAUGGCAUCUAUAUUUGCUUUCAUCCUGAGCUUUGGGUUAGGUCCAGGUGGUAUAACAAAUACACUGACCGCUGAAUUAUUUACACAGUCUUCACGGCCUGCUGCUUACAUGAUAGGAGGAUCUGUUAGUUGGCUGAGUUUCUUCACAAUAGGAAUGCUCUUCCCCUUUAUAGUGAAUGGACUGAAGCAGUAUUGCUUUGUGGUGUUUUUAGUGGAAAGCUUGUUGGUUGCCUGUUUCAUCUUCUUUGUCAUUCCUGAGACAAAAAACAAGUCUUUUCUGGAAAUCAAGCGAGAAUUUCAACACCUUAACUUCAGAGAAAGAAUCAAAGAGAAGGAAGCAGAGCUAUGUGAAAGACGACAGCUCUGCAAUGAAUGUUAGAGUGUACUUUACAUCUCACAGGUGUAAGGCAGCCACAUUAAUGGGAAUUGUACACAUAUGCUCCCAUAUAUUGAGAAAAAUAGUGUUAAGGAAUGUAUUCAAAGAUAGCUUGUCAUAUCAUCAGGUGAAACUUACUUAAAAAGGUAGACUAAUCUUGCUGGAAUAUCAAAAUACUGUAUUUUAUGUACACAUACAGUACUGCCUACAAAAGAGACUCAAUUCAAUAAAAAUGUUG